AUGGAUAAAACGGCAAAAAAAAAGUAUUGUCAUGUAAUGAUGUUUGAUGUUCCGCCACCCUCUUUCACUAAAAAUAAUAGUAAGUCGGAUUCGUCGAACCAACUUACAGUUGAUUAUACAACAUCUUUGGAAAAUAGUUCUAUUCGUACCCAGGACAAUUUCAUCUUUACUUCAUUUUUGGAGCCUAUAAAUGUUAGACCGCAGCUUCCUCAUAAAAAUACACAAAUAACUCGCUUAGAGCAGGAUAAAGAUGCCAUAAAGGAACCUAUAUGUCAAGAAAAAAAGAUACGUCGACCUCCAAAUUCUUUCAUUCUUUAUAGACAAGCAAUGCAACAGGAGGUAACACGUCUUUAUGGAAAUAUAUCAAACUCAAUGUUAUCAAAAAUUUUAUCUGACCUUUGGCAAAAUGAGUCAGAAGAAGUAAAACUUUACUGGAAUAAAGUUGCUGAUAAAAAAAGAAUGGAACAUAUGCAGGCAUACCCUGAUUAUUGUUAUCGUCCAAAGAAGUUGGGAAAUAAAUCAAAAAAAAGCCGUAAAUUAGAAUCCAUAGAUUCAAAAAAACUUCAGUAUAUAUUGCCGACAACGCAAACGUCAUAUACUGAUAUAUCUUUUCCUCUCAUUUCAGAAAAAAUUGAUCCUACUUCUUUUUACAAUCAAUUUGAUAAUUCAAAUUCACAAGUUCCACCUUUACCCUUCUGA